AGCGUCCAACUGAAACGAGGCCUCCCAAGUGCUUGAACAAGUUCGCGUUCGCCGCCCUUGCUUCUUCCUCUUUCAAGCACGCUUUCGGAAGUCGCUGGGGAAGGGCGCGGCUUCUCGCAGCCAUGGGUAUCGACUUGAAGGCCGGGGGCCGCAACAAGAAGACUGCCAGGCUCGCUCCCAAGAGUGACAAUGUGUACCUGAAGUUGCUGGUCAAGCUGUACAGGUUCUUGGUGCGCAGAACCGACAGCAAGUUCAAUGCAGUGGUCCUGAAGAGGCUGUUUAUGAGCAGAAUCAACAGGCCGCCCCUCUCCAUCUCCCGCCUCUCAAAGUUCAUGAAGGGGAAGGAGGACAAGAUUGCGGUCGUGGUUGGCACCAUCACGGACGACGUGCGCUUCUACGAGGUCCCCAAGCUCAAGGUCGCGUGCCUCAAGGCCACUGAGACGGCCCGCGCCCGCAUCCUGCAAGCGGGGGGCGAGGUCCUCACCUUCGAUCAGCUCGCCCUGAGGGCCCCCACUGGUGCAGGCACUAUCCUUCUCCGCGGCCCCAAGAACGCCCGCGAGUCCGUGCGGCAUUUCGGCAUCGCUCCCGGCCAGCCCCACAGCCACACCAAGCCGUUCGUCCGCGCCAAGGGCAGGAAGUUCGAGAAGGCUCGUGGUCGGAGAAACUCCCGCGGUUUCAAGGCUUAAGCUUGUGCACCUUGUACGCUGCAGACAGUGUGACCGUUUCAAGAAGGCAUUGUGGGCUUAUGAUGUCGAGGUCUUGUAUUCAAAUCAACGGGUCCUCAUGCUCGAGCAUGGAAUACGAGCAUGCUUUAGUUGCUACUCAAAUGUUGCCGUCCCCUUGCCCUCACAUGCUGAUGACAUGCUGUUGUAAUCAGUUCUCUCAAAGCCAGAACGACAGUAGUUACCUGUUUGCUUCUUCGGAAUAGACGCCAUAGGCUUUUAAUGGCAUACAGUGCAUGCUUGUCAAUUUUGUGCGCAAUUGAGUUGCUAAGAGGCGAAGUUCGACUAUUG